AACUUGGCCGCCGACGGACGUGAAUUCCAGCCGCCGACUCAGGCAUAUAUAUACAGCGUAUUGUGCAAGUCGCACGCGACUAUAUAAACGGCCCAGUAUUGGUUAAUUAUACGCAGCACGACAACUACAAAGUGAACUACAGAUGUGUGCAUAAAUCAAUGUCCGCUUUAAGCAGGCGGCUGCAGUGCCACUAAAAAAAUACAAAAUAUAUAAUAUAUAAUAUACAUAAAGCUAAGCAACAACGGCGCUUGUCGGAGCAACUUUUGUUUUUGUUAUUAAUUUUUUCAACCAUUUUUGGCGCGCCUUUUGUGAGUGAGCCGCGCGCGAUAAGUCGGACAAACAAACAAAAACAAGGCAGUCAUAAAAAACCGAAUUUAAUCAAUUAAACGUGCUGACACAAACAAAGAGAUAAUUCGAUUGUUGUCUCGCCAAGUGCAAGCGAGUCAAGAAAUAAGUUUAAUAAGAGAGUAAUAAAAUUGUUGCAGCUUACCAUUCCGAAAAGGCAAUCAACAGUGAAAUCCAAUGUUUGAGGAGGAGGCUUUUGGCGAUUUACAGGAAAUUAUCAAUGCCAGCAUGGAGUUGAACGGUGGCGCCAACGGAGGAGGCAGGGUGGGAGGAGCUGGCGGGGGUGCUGCACAGCACAUAUUAUCGCAAUCGACUUCCUUGCCGGUGAUGCCCUCCCACCUGCCACUUCACCUGCAGAACCAGAAUAUCAAUCAGAAUCUGCCCCAGCCAAGUGCCAAGAGUGGACCGUACCUGCGUAUCGUGGAGGAGCCCACGAACCACAUAAUCCGAUUCCGCUAUAAGUGCGAGGGCCGCACCGCCGGUUCCAUUCCGGGCAUGAACUCCAGUUCGGAGACGGGCAAAACCUUUCCCACCAUCGAGGUCUGCAACUACGACGGCCCAGUCGUCAUCGUGGUGUCCUGUGUGACCAGUGACGAGCCCUAUCGGCAGCAUCCUCACUGGCUGGUCAGCAAGGAGGAGGCGGACGCCUGCAAGUCGGGCAUCUACCAGAAGAAAUUGCCACCAGAGGAGCGACGACUGGUGCUCCAGAAAGUGGGCAUUCAGUGCGCCAAGAAGCUGGAGAUGCGCGAGUCGCUGCUGGAACGAGAGAAAAGGAACGUCGAUCCCUUCAACGCCAAAUUCGAUCACAAAGACCAGGUCGACAAGAUCAACCGGUACGAGUUGCGCCUUUGCUACCAGGCCUUCAUCACGGUGGGCAAUUCCAAAGUGCCCCUGGACCCCAUCGUGUCCUCUCCGAUUUACGGCAAGAGCAACGAGCUGACCAUCACCCGGCUGUGCAGCUGCUCGGCCCAGGUGACCGGCGGAAACGAGAUCAUCAUGCUGUGCGAAAAGAUCGCCAAGGACGACAUCGAGGUGCGGUUCUACGAGACGGACAGGGACGGACGCGAGACGUGGUUUGCCAACGCGGAGUUCCAGCCCACGGACGUGUUCAAGCAGAUGGCCAUCGCCUUCAAGACGCCUCGCUACAAGAACACCGAGAUCACGCAAAGUGUCAAUGUGGAGCUGAAGCUGGUGCGACCCUCGGAUGGAGCGACGAGUGCCCCGCUGCAGUUCGAGUACUACCCGAAUCCAGGUACGGUAACCUUUGCCCGGCUGCAGCGAAAGCUGAAGCGCCGCCAGGAGCUGGACGUCUUCCAGCAGAUCCUUUCCCUUGACAGCGAAACCACCGCCACGAAAUACUCGUGUCCACCGAUGGAUCUUGAGGAGGACAACAACACGGUGUCAUCCGACGAUCAGCAGAGUUCGGGAACCCUCAAUGAGUUCGAGAUAGCGGUUAAGAAGCUGCAAAUGCGGCAGCGGGGUGAGUCGCACGAAAUGGACGGAGGCACGGUCACCGAGUACACGGAUAACGAUAACGAGCCGGACAUGGAAAUCGAGCUGGAAGUGCCUCAACUGCUGCCCCAGUUGGCGGACGACUGCACCCAGACAUCCACGCCCAUGGAUGAGAUCCUGCAGCAUCCUCAGCUGCAGUCGCGUCCCCUGACCAAUGUGGACAAAAUCACCGAGUGGAUGAAGAGCAGCGAGUUCGAGAGAACCGACAGCUUGACCGUGGAGAACGGGGACACCCAAUCCCUUUCGAAUAGCACGGCCCAAACGGCUUUCACAAAUGUCAGCAGCCUGACGGCCAAUACGACCAUAACGAACCAGCUGGAGGAGGAGGCCCAGGGUCUUCUGGCCAAUGGCUCUCGCAGGAACACCCUCGAAAAUCCCGCCGUAAAGGAGCUGCCGGAAAACGAAAAGGAACCGGAAAUGGUUUCAGCCAGUGCUCAGGCCUCAGUGGAUAUAGAUGAGAACUUCGACGAGACAGCCACUUAUACGAGUCUGCAGAUAGCCUUUAAUAAUCCCAUACACAUAGGGCUGCCCAGGGAGAACAUACAGUCUGUCCAGGUUUAUCCACCCACCAAUCCGUUUGGCCAGUUAGAUGAUGACGAGCUGGUGGUACUGACCAAUCCGCCAGCUCCCAAGAUAAAAGUGAAUGCUGCUCAGACCCCGGCCACGCCCCCCCAUUCACCGCCCCUGCCGUUGCCACCCCGAACUCCCUCCCCCGUUUCGGACCACAGAUUGCCUCCCCUGCCACCGAAACCGCAAAGGAACUCCCAAGAUCUGAGUAUUGUCAGUGAUUCCAUCUCAGUUAGCCGCUCGAGAAACGGCAGCUUGAGCUCCAAUAGAACCACUCCGUCUCCCAUCAUUAUAAUGCGAACUCCCGACCAAAGUCCCACCAAAAGGCAACCCACCCCCAGCGCUUCGCCCAAGAAGCGCCAGGGAUUCUUUUCGAGAUUCUUCUCGCGCCGACGGAGUAGGGCGGACGACGAGGAGUCCCAGGCACCCGGUGGCAGUCCCAAUAAACAGCCACCAAGUGGAUCCAAGGCCACCACACCCACCGGCAGUAGGGAGCCCAGUGUGGCACACUUUUCACUAGGAGAUCCCAAUCGCAGCUCCACGCGGUCCAUGCAGCCGCUGGGAAGAAGCGAGGGUAGAAAUGGCAAGCCAGUAGGUCGGAGUUCAAGUAGUGUAUCGGGGAAAAGACCCGCCCACCUGGAUGCGGAUGUCAUUCACAUCCCACUGAAAGGAGGCGAUAGCGAGAACAGUUUGCUUCGACCGGAGAGCUACUCCACUGCCAGUACCCUGAGCUACGGACGACCGCUGGACAGGAAGACCCUGAGCACCCUGCAACUGGCCGAUAUUCCCAUAAGUGAUGGCAACAUGGAGUUGAUAGCCAUCGCCGACAGGCAGAGCAUCAAGAAUCUGUGCGAGGGAGCCUACGGAGUGAUCUUGGACCCCAGUGUGGAUCUCUCCGAGGCGGAACACUUUGCGCUGUACACCAGCAAGAGUCCGGAGCCGCCGUUUGGGGGAGAGGGCGAAAAUGGAGCAGCAGGAGGUGCGGCAGCGGGCGUAGUGGAUACCACGGAUUUCCUCAGUGCGGAUGAAAUAGCUCGGCGGUUGGCGGAGGCAAACGGCUUGGAGUAGAGAUGGAGACGAUGAAAGGGUGACGCAAAACUGAUUUGGGAGCGAAUUGUAGGUGUUUUUGAUUACAAAGCAUAUUCCGGAAACACGAUAUACUAUAUAACACCGAAAAAAUGUAUUUAUAAAGGGUGGAUACAAAACGCAACCAAAUCAGUUAACCGAAACCCUAAACUUAGUUAGUCAAAAGCAACAGCACCUGCAAAAUUAUCUUUUCUAGCCUUCUCUUUCAGUAUUAAUUACAAAUAUGUCACAAUUCUCUAGAUAAGAAAUCUCACCCAACCCACUUAUUUAUGCUUUUCUAACCGACCGAAACAACCGAAUAUCUUUGUAGACCUCCUAACCCAGCACAAUCGUCGGGUGAACACAAAAACGAUUGAAAGCCUAAAGCGCAGUCUC